AUGGCCACGCAUCACAGGCAAAAUGCUGCUGGGCGGAGAAAAGUACAGGUGUCCUACGUCAUUAGAGACGAGGUGGAGAAGUACAAUCGCAAUGGGGUGAACGCGCUGCAGCUCGACCCGGCGUUGAACCGGCUCUUCACCGCCGGAAGAGACUCCAUCAUCCGGAUAUGGAGCGUGUACCAGCAUAAACAGGACUCAUACAUUGCCUCGAUGGAGCAUCACACAGACUGGGUUAAUGACAUAGUUCUCUGUUGCAACGGCAAAACACUGAUAUCUGCCUCCUCGGAUACAACGGUCAAAGUAUGGAAUGCGCAUAAAGGCUUCUGCAUGUCGACGUUACGGACGCACAAGGACUACGUGAAGGCUCUGGCAUACGCUAAGGACAAGGAGCUUGUGGCGUCCGCAGGUCUCGACCGGCAGAUCUUUCUUUGGGAUGUGAACACACUGACGGCACUCACCGCUUCCAACAACACUGUAACCACCUCGUCACUCAGUGGGAACAAGGACUCCAUCUACAGUCUCGCUAUGAACCAGAUGGGCACGGUCAUCGUAUCUGGAUCAACAGAAAAGGUCCUGAGAGUGUGGGAUCCUCGAACAUGUGCUAAACUGAUGAAGCUCAAAGGUCACACGGACAACGUGAAGUCGUUGCUGCUGAACCGAGACGGCACUCAAUGCCUGUCCGGCAGCUCAGACGGCACCAUCCGCCUGUGGUCUCUCGGCCAGCAGAGGUGCAUCGCCACGUACAGGGUGCACGAUGAGGGCGUCUGGGCCCUGCAGGUCAACGAGGCCUUCACACACGUCUACUCGGGAGGCAGGGACAAGAAGAUCUACUGCACUGACCUGCGUAACCCCGACAUCCGCGUGCUGAUCUGCGAGGAGAAGGCCCCGGUGCUCAAAAUGGAACUGGACAGAUCUGCUGACCCACCUCCAGCAAUCUGGGUCUCCACCACCAAGUCAUCCGUGAAUAAAUGGUCUCUGAAGGGAAUGCACAACUUCCGGUCAUCAGGGGAGUAUGACAACGACUGCACCACCCCUCUGACGCCGCUGUGCACCCAGCCGGAGCAAGUCAUCAAGGGAGGUGCCAGUAUCAUCCAGUGCCACAUUCUGAAUGACAAGAGACACAUACUCACCAAAGAUACCAACAACAAUGUGGCCUUCUGGGAUGUCCUGAAGGCGUGCAAAGGUGAAGACUUGGGGAAAGUGGAGUUCGAAGAAGAGAUAAAAAAGCGCUUCAAGAUGGUCUAUGUGCCGAACUGGUUCUCCGUUGACCUUAAAACUGGGAUGCUCACUAUCACUUUGGAUGAGAGCGACUGCUUCGCUGCCUGGGUGUCUGCAAAGGACGCUGGCUUCUCAAGCUCCGACGGAUCCGACCCCAAGCUGAACCUGGGCGGACUGCUGCUCCAGGCGCUGCUGGAGUUCUGGCCCAGAACUCGCAUCAACCCCAUCGACGAGGAGGAGAACGAGGGGAGCCAAGUGAACGGAGAGCAGGAGAACCGGGUCCAGAAAGGAAAUGGAUAUUUCCAGGUGCCACCGCACACGCCUGUCAUCUUUGGGGAAGCCGGAGGCAGAACUUUAUUCAGGUUGCUGUGCAGAGAUUCAGGCGGAGAGACCGAGUCGAUGCUGCUGAACGAGACCGUUCCACAGUGGGUCAUCGAUAUAACUGUAGAUAAAAACAUGCCCAAGUUCAACAAAAUCCCGUUCUACCUCCAGCCCCAUUCUUCCUCUGGUGCGAAGACUCUGAAGAAGGACCGCCUCUCGGCCAGCGACAUGCUGCAGGUGAGGAAGGUGAUGGAGCACGUCUACGAGAAGAUCAUCAACCUGGACAACGAGUCGCAGACCACCAGCUCCUCGGCCAACGACAAGCCGGGCGAGCAGGAGAAGGAGGAGGACAUGGCCAUGCUCGCCGAGGAGAAGAUCGAACUCAUGUGUCAAGACCAGGUACUGGAUCCCAACAUGGACCUGCGAACAGUUAAACAUUUUAUCUGGAAGAGCGGCGGGGACUUGACGCUUCACUAUAGGCAGAAGUCCACGUGAAAAUCCUUUUUUUUUUUUUUUUAAACAGUAACUCUUCUUUGUCAUUUGCCAAUCACCUCCCACCUCUGACAUGUAGUACCCUAAACCCCGUUGUGUGGUCAAGAGUUGCAGUACCAGUGAGAAUCCAGUAUAACGACUAACUGACCAGAGCAGGCCGGAGCGGCCGAGACCCCUGGAGGAGAAGUGGUCCCCGUCGUUUUCUGUUCCAGGUUGAAGAACGGACUCUUUUCUCCAGCGCUCACCUUUUCUUUUUUUUACGGCCGUUUGUUGUUUUCUGAUUGGUGUUUAAUUUUGAAGCAACAGAAGUUACAGUACAUGUUUGUCUGAGAGCGUGUGAACACACACACACACACACGAUGUAGUAGACUAUUUGUUCCAGUACAUUCCAGAAGUCUGCGAGCAGCAUCCCUCGGCCUGUGGGCAGCGUCACCGCCCCGUCGGCGUCCUCUCCGUCCCGCUGUCACCUUAACUUGAACUUAACUUAGACAUCUAAUUAUUGCAGCUUCAACCUCCAUCAAUAGAAACACUUGUCAUUUAUUUUUAGCUGUGCAGUAGUCAAUGAAUGUUCUUUGUUUUUUGUAAAUAUGUACAACAUUUGUUUUGAUUUAAGUGACUUUGUUUUUCUUUUGUUGUUGUACAGUUCGUUUCAAAACCAACACUUGUUUGUUUUUUGGGUUUUUUUUCUCCCCAAAUCCCCCUAUUCAUGGUCAUAAAAGUAAUUUGACUUGGAUGUUAAAUAUUGCAUUUGUUGUAUUCACUACAACCCAGAAGUUGCAUUUUACUCUUUAAGAAUGUUAUUGUAGUUGUUAGUCAUUUUAGCAAUCAGAAAAUUAUAUAUAAAGGUAUAUAUCUUUUAAUAAUAAAUCAUGCUUACCCACUCAUGACCGGUGGGGGUGUUCCUAAUGUAUAUUUCAUUUAGAUUUAAUAGUUCAAUGAAACGUGAAUUAAAAGAAAAGGGGGAAUCUCCUCCGAGAGAAAUUCCAGUCAAAUAAACAGGAACGCCCGUUUCCCUCCCGCUGGGUCACCGAGCUGAACGACAAAUAUUUUCAAUGUAAAUUUUCCGCAGUUACUUUUGCCAUGAGUGUGUGAGUAACGCCAUAGUGUGAGCUCCAAUUGGCCAAAAACAAGAUGGGUACCAUAAUUAGGCCAUAACACUGCAAUAUCCCUUGUUGUAAUUUGUGAGAUAUGUAUAUUUUAGGCAUUCGAACAAAUAAAUUGGAAUGGUUUAACUGAGA